AAAAUUCGCCAGCAUAUGGAGACGGAUGUAGAUCCCGCUUCGGCGGGUCACCAGGAGAUUCGUCUUCUCGUGGACGAAGUUAUUGAAUCAUCCAAAAUACCCGCCAAAACACGCGCAACCAACGUCAAACCUGCUAUUACUAGCCUUACCUCACUUUCAUAUGAAUGGGGCCUUUUACCUGAGACCCUUGACGAUCUCAUUGUUCUCGUCACAACUCCAAAUCACCUUGACCAGGCAAGCCAAGCUGCUAUCAUCCGAAAUCUGUAUCCCGUGGCACCUAUCUCUCGAAAAUCUGUUCUUCAAGUCAUCUCCUGCCUUGGACAUGGAGCCCUCAAGCCAUCUCUUACUCUCCAGGCCGCUCUACUCAAGUGGCUCAUUACAGUGCACCACACUUUAGAACCUAACCUCAGCCACCUCCUGGCUCUCGUUACCAGACGCAAACAUGUUCAGCCUUUUAGAAUACAAGCUUUGCUUAACCUUUCCCGACAAACCGGACAUGACCCGUCCUUGAUCGGUCUUCUAAGAGUCUUUAAAGACUAUUACCCCGAGGUUAUUAUAGGAGACGCGCACCCCGAUCCGCAAUGGCGAGCAAGGCUAGACGAAAUCCAGGAUGCACAUUUUCAUCAAACAGAAAAAGGCACAUUACGACCUCGAGAUGGCUUCCGCGUCCACCGCCCUAUAGGGCGUAGUACUAGAAACAGAAUUAUCCCUGUAGUCCAGACGUCUUAUGUGGCAGAGAAUACGGUUACAUUAGAGGAAAUCGAAAAUGUUGCCAGCUUUGUCAAGAAUCUUGACAAGCUCGAACUCCCGAAUCAACUAGUGGCUGUUCUGGCAGAUCCUUUGUUGCAAAAGCUCAUGCUUCUGAGGCCAGACGGCGAAUCUGAACAGAGAUUAGCCAACUGGCUCAAUGGGGUUCUACAAGAUGUUCGUGAUGGCGAUGCAGAUGAAACCACCUUCUUCGACAUGCUGGACAUCCUACGGGAAUAUGUUGUUUCUAUCAAGAACCUUCCUCCUCUCCUACUUGACUUUUUUGCACGCUUUCUUCCGCUUUGGGAUGGCUCUGGACGUCGCGAUGCUAUGUUUGAGAUCUUGUCUUACGCCCCAUUACUGGACUUUGAAGGGUUAUACAAACACAUCUUCAAGCCCCUUGAAUCUGCAACUCUUGAUAAUACCCCGGAAUCUCUGCUGGCACUUCUCACCUUUUACAAGAACCUUCUUCACCACUGGACAGUUCUACUUGAAUCCAGUGACACAGUGCCAGACCAUGCCAGUGGCACUAUCACGGCCUUGAUCCGACACGUUAAUCCACUGACCCUCACACUCUGCCAAACAUGUCCUUCUGUCUCAUCACGUUCUGCAAUUCUUGACUUCUAUGAGCAAAACGCCAGACUCGUUAGUCAUCAGGUCCUCAAGCACUAUAUUUGCAUCGAACUACCCCCUUCAUCACUCAUCUACAUACUCUUCUUCAGCAGCUCUGCAGCCAUUGUCUCACGUAUGUGUGCCAUUCUGGCCUUUUAUAAGAAGGGUUUUGAGAUGGCGAUGCUCACCAAGCCGGAUCGUGAGAAAAGUAAUCGCAUUGACUCUACAUCAUAUAACAGGACUUUUGUCAGCCUUUUCAAUGGCUACCUCAUGGACAUGUGCAAUUGCUUUUGGCGCGGCAGGGCUUUUACUAACAGUGAUCCCAACGCAAUGGGAUGUAUGAUUCCGAGGAGCCUCGUGCCUGUUCUGUCGUCGUAUGUGACUUCUGUGGACGAGGCUCAUACUCUAUCAUCUCUCUUCUCAAUGUCACACUCGCCACUCCUGAGCUUGCAAAGCAGACGAUGUAUUAGAAGCCUUGAGGAUGCCGAAGUCGAUAGUGAUUCCUCUUUGCGCGUCAGGCAUGAGGGACCGCCGACACAGAGCAGCCUUGGGCAGUUGGCAAGUUCCGGGGGUUUACGCAUCUCGUGGCAGGAUUAUAGGGUCAAGGUGCUCGAAGCGUUGACUGCUAGAGGACUGGGGGGCAUUACGGAUCUUUUGAAGAACACCAUGACCGUUCUGAGGAAAUUAAUAGACGGCGAUGGCAGCUCCAGGCCAACCACGUCGCAGUCAUUUCAAUGA